GAAGUUGAAGAGUUGAGUGUGGUAGACUAGCGUGAGCUGGAGUCUACUGAAGUUGACUGAAGCAGAUUGACUGCGAUUCAGAAGUUAGUUGAAAUGAACAGCGCGUGCCUGUUGAAACAGAGUCGUGGACUAGAGACCGAGCGAGAAUUGCUGAGUUUAACUGACACUGACUGACACGAAUGAGACUCAAAGACGAAUAGACAAGACAGAGAAGACCAAGAGAAGAAUCAGUUUCGAGUUUUUAUACCGUUUCGUGGACAGAAGACUAGAAACUGAUUGGCCAGUAACGCGAUGGAAGGGGAUGUAAAAGUGACGUAACACGCAGUGCCGCAGGUAGCAAAAAACCCCGGACGGCCGACCGAAGCGGUGCAUGCUGGCGAUGAGGCGUGCAUUACUCGAAAGUGCAGGAAUGACUUUAUUGCUGGAAGGAAGACGGCUCGAAAAAAUCAUAAACUUAGAAACUGCAACGAAGAAGGCUAUGGCUCUACGAAAUUGAAAGCCUAACGAAUGUGGCCUUUUGUCGAUUGCACAUCAUUCGUUGAAGGACUGGAAUUUGUCUCGCUGAGCCGAAGAUUCCCCGUAAAUAAAAUGUUUUUUUAGGGAUAAAAGAAAAUGUAAUUCGUCCCGGAGAAAGUUAGACGGACGCAGCACGAAAAUUCCGUUGACGGGAGUCGGCGAACACCGAUGACAACGGACAACGGACAAACGGACAACUGAUUUAAAUAAACUUAGUCGAUAUUUGAAAAUUGUCGAUAAAAUAGGAAACAUUAAUUAUCUACAUCUGCCACAACUCAGCAACAAUAGCGUCGCUUGUAGCAAAAUCUUGAUGCUGGAUUGUGCGGUCGAGAAUCCUACGGGGCGAAAAGUACAUGUCGAAUAUCAAGCUAAGUGUUUCAGAUGGCGUGCCAGGCAAACGAAUGCGCGAAUAGAGUAAGAUUGCAAGCAUGGUAAAGUGAGACACUACUUUGACUGUCGAUGUGACUUGUUUCGCUUGUUGUUGGGCUGAUGUCGUGCUCUCUUGUCCACUCGCCACUUUCUCGUUUUGUCUAAACAGUGAAACCAGCACUGUGUAUCUGUGAAGCAUCAAUCAGUCAGAGAAGAAGUAGUUUAUUAUCUGCUUCAUAAUUCUAGGCCGGUUGAUAUGAAAAUAUUUAUGAAAUAAUUAUGCAAACAAUUAUUAUUACAUUGAAUAAUUAUAUCAAUUACAUUUUUAAUUUAAUUUAUAAUUGACAUUCAACUGUAUAUUUUUUGUAUCGUAAACUGAUUUGAAAAAAGUGCGAUACAUUUGGUUGGCACUGAUAGGUGAGAGGACACAUAUAAUUACAUAUGGUUCCAUAUACACAAUAGAUAAGGUCUGUGACGACAUUUAACAUUAGUAAACCUUAGUUACAAUUACGAAUUAUUAAACAGAAAAUCAAAUGGAACUGGAAACAGUACUUCGAAAAUGUGUUGUAAUAAAUAAAUAAGAAAAAUUAACAGAAAAUGAGUUCGUGGAAGAUGAAUAUUUUCAAAAAAUUUAUGAACAAUGGAAAGGCGCCAAAGCUAAAGAUAAAGAUUUAACUUACAAAGUGAUCCCAAAAUUUUAUUUUAAGUUACCAAAGGAAGAUGAGAUUCUACCACAGAAACUACGAGAAGAGACAAGAGCACUAUUUUUGCAAAGACGUUCUCGACAAUUACUAGAUAAUAAUGAAUUAAAAGCCUUGUGGGUAUUAUUAGACAAACACCAUAGUCCCCCAUUAUCAGGUGAUGAACAACUAAUAAAUUAUGAAGAUUUUAAAAAAGUUGGUAAAUUAGCUGGUACAAAGUGUAGUCCUUAUUUUACUGCAGUUGUAUUUGCUAAAUUACAACAAGGUGAUCCUCACGGUAGAAUUAGCAUAAUGGCAUUAUUUAAUUAUGUUAUGAGAAAAGUAUGGUUACAUCAAACAAGAAUUGGUCUCUCUUUAUAUGAUGUUACUGGUCAAGGCUAUCUUAGAGAAUCUGAUCUAGAGAAUUACAUAUUAGAAUUGAUACCAACUCUACCUCAACUUGAAGGUUUAGAGAAAUCUUUUCAUUCAUUUUAUGUCUGCACAGCAGUGAGAAAAUUUUUAUUUUUCCUUGAUCCCCUCAGAACUGGUAGAGUUAGAAUACAAGAUAUUUUGGCAUGUAGUUUCCUCGAUGAUCUCCUUGAAUUGAGGGAUGAGGAUUUACCUAAAGACUUACAAGAAGCAAAUUGGUUUUCUGCUCCAUCCGCACUUAAGGUAUAUGGACAAUAUUUAAACCUUGAUAGAGAUCAUAAUGGUAUGCUCAAUAAAGAAGAACUUGCAGGAUAUGGCACAGGAACUUUAACUGGUGUAUUUCUCGAAAGAGUAUUUCAAGAAUGUUUAACAUAUGAGGGAGAAAUGGAUUACAAGACCUAUUUAGAUUUUGUUUUAGCAUUGGAAAAUCGACAUGAACCACAAAGUUUACAUUAUUUAUUUCGAAUAUUGGAUAUUAAUAAUCGUGGUUAUCUUGACACAUUUUGUCUUAAUUAUUUUUUCCGUGCUAUACAAGAACAAAUGACAAUGCACGGUCAGGAACCUGUAAGUUUUGAGGAUGUUAAAGAUGAAAUAUUUGAUAUGGUAAAACCAGCAGAUCCUUGUAAAAUUACAUUGCAGGACUUAUUAUCUUGUGGUCAAGGUGAUACAAUGGUCAGUAUUUUAAUAGAAUUUCAUGGAUUUUGGGCGUAUGAAAAUCGUGAAGCUAUGGCUGCUGACACUGGUGAUGAAUCAUCUCAUGUUUGAAAAAAAACAGCCCGGAAAUAAGGACAAGUAAAUAAAGAAAAUAAGAAUAUUGGACUGUGCAAUGUGAAAUCAAAGUUACAAAAGCUUGGCAAGCUAUAUUCUGAUGACAGCACUCGGGAAUUAAGUUCACCUAUCCACAGGACAGAAGAAAGAUUCAAUGCAGAAGAAAAGACUACAGAGAAAAAGCCAUCCAAAAAAGGAGCUAGACUUGAUAGACUAGCAGCUCUUGCUUCAACCAUUAAUAAUUGGGAAGAUGAUUUGUCUCAUCCAACUUUGACAAAAUCAACAGGCACCAAUGCAGAUAGAAUACAUGCAAAAUUUAAUGAACAAGUUAAAAGCAUAUCAGAACCACAACCAAGCACAAGUGGAUACAAAUCAGGAGGUAGAAACAGUAAAGGCUGUAGUCCUAAAAAGGAUGAAGCAUCUUCAACAAAACAAUUGAAAUGGGAUAAAACUGUAUUACAAACAUUGGGAAAAGAUGCAGGUUCUCCAAGUUCAUCUACACAGUCUAAACAAUAUACACAACUUAAAGAAGAUGCUACACAUCAUGAAGAAAAAAGUUAUAAAAAAGCGCAAGAAAAUGUACUUAAAAAUGCUAAUACUCCAGAGAAAACGCCGAAAAAUGCAAUAUCCAGCACAAGUAAUAAUUCUCGACCUUCACCGAGAUUCGGCUUUAAUAAUUCUCCCAAAAGUCCAGCUCAAUCUAGCCCAGGCUCUGUGCUGAGUAAAGCUUCUCUAUUUGAAUCUAAAAAUAUAGAAGGGAAAGCAAAAGAUCCAGCUCAGAUGACGCUUUCUGAGAGAAUGGCGCUUUUUGAAAAAAAUAAAGGAGAAGCGCCUUUACUGCCGAAAGCACCUCUUACUAUGUCCGUACCACCAAAGAAACUGCAAGAGAAAGAGAAAGCUAGAUCAGCGUCGAGAGUUUCGGCUAAUGGAGCAAAAACUAAGACUGACUUCACUAAUAAUUCUGUCAAUGUCCAACGAGAAAAGUUUGAACAAGGUUUAAACACUCAGGAGUUAGAAAAUAAUAUUAUGCGUAAUACUUAUCUGGAGAGACAGCGCGAAUUAGAUAUGUUACGUACACGUUUUAAUAGAAAUAAAGAAAUGGCUCAAGCUGCUGCUGGUUCUUAUAUUAGAACAAGCGAAAGCAGUGAAGGAAAAUCGAAUUCUCCUAAAAACUCUCCAGUGUGUCCUGUCAAACCAACACCUGCACCUGAAUUUAGUGUUCCACCGCCGCCACCACCUCCUCCGCAAGUACAGAUUUCUACUUCAAGAUCUUCUCCAAAUCAAAGCAAAAAAAAUUCACCAGUUAAAAGACAAGUAGUAGGUAGUUCGCCAAAAGCACAAGUAAAAACAGUGUCCGAUGUUAAGCGUAUUCGUGUCGCACCGCCUAAACCUGGACAUAUUUAUCCUAAUCUCUCUGAUAUUGAAAAUACAACUGAGACAGAAACAGAUGCAGAGUAUACAGUAAAUAGUACCGAAGCAGAAACUGCUACUCUAGAUGAAAAAACAGACACUGAUACAGCAACAGAAGCUGAAUACUAUGUACAAGAGAACGAAACCGAAGUCGACAGUCAAGAGGAAUGUGAGGAAUUAAGUACCAGUCUUGGCAGAAGUAUUUUACGAGCGGUAAAUGAACAAGCAUUUUUAAAUAAGAAGAGAUCAAUCGAUCCAGAUCCAGAUAGUACAACUUCCGAUAUUUCGGUAUUGGAUGAAAUGGAUGAAUAUUUAGAUGAAUGUCUUGCACUACAGGAAACACACGGUACAAAUGGUAAUACAGAAGAAGGACCAACUCCACCCAAGCUAAACAAAGGUGGUAAAAGUCCAUCGAAUGUAUCAUCGAGUUUCAAACAUAGUCAAGGAUCGUUGUAUCGAUCACCUAUAAAAACGAUUUCACCCAAAUCUCCAAAACAAGGUGAAACUUAUGUGAUAGACGGUGACAACUGUGUACCAUUAAUGCACAGUGUCAGUUUUUAUCGACGCCAACAAUCGCAAACACCUAAAACACCAGUGCGUAUAAUAUCGAGAACACAAGAAUCUCCAGAUACUUUUCCCAAUGUAACGCAAAUUAAUGCUAAGAGUGAAACUAUAUUAGUACAAGAAAAAGUAAAAAACUUGCUAGAUGAAGUGUGCAAGCAACAAACAAUCAUUGGUCAAGCUAGUCAAGCAUUAAACUUAUGUACUUCUACCGUAGAAUUCAAUGGUUCUAGAGAACAAGUAGAAGGAGAAAGGCUAUUGCUCGUUGCCACUCACAGACGGCAAGCUGCUUUAAAUGAAGUUCAACGAUUAAAAAUAGAAGGUACAUUGAAGCCUGUCACUCCUGGAUCACCAGAAGUGCAAGAAAGUGGUUCUUUAACAGUAUCUGCUAUCACUUUACCUCUUAAGCGAGAGUACUUCCGCAAUAAUGGCACAAAUACAUGUCUUCAUUUUGUGUGUUUAAUUCGACAUUUGGAGGAAAUUGUAGUUACUCCAGUGGUUGUUGCAGAACCUGGUGACUCGUGCCUUCGAUUUCCAUCGACACUUAAGUUACACGAUUUAUAUAAUGAUUUCAAAAUUACUGUCGAGAUAUAUUCACUCCAGACACAGCCUGAAAUUUUGCCACAUGAAAUUAAAUAUCACAUUAAUGGUGGUAAUGGAUGCAAUAGCAGUAACAACAACUGCAAUAAAAAGCUAGCAAAUAGAACUCCUAAAAAGUUUUUAAAACAAGAAAGCCGAUUAAUAAUGCCGAACGUUCAAAGCCCGGCUGGCCCAUCUGCUGUUAGAUCUCCCGCAUUCCAAUUGUCGGGAUACGUUAUUUUUAGCCUAAAAGAAGUGCAUCGACAACAAUUUACAUUAAAUAAGGUACCGCCUCAGUCACCAUUAGAAGGACGGCUACAGAUGCAUGUUUCUUGCGAGCUUUCAGUAUCGGUCGAACACAGAGGAUUUCUGACUAUGUUCGAAGACAUUUCUGGUUUUGGAGCUUGGCAUCGUAGAUGGUGUUUGCUCAAAGGAUCAACAUUAUCAUAUUGGAAAUAUCCUGAUGAUGAAAGGAAGAAAACUCCCAUUGGAAGUUUAGAUUUGCAAAGUGUUUCUACAACUCAUGUUGGAUUAGUUUCUCGAGAUAUAUGUGCGCGUCCUAAUACAUUCUUACUUGAAACAACCAGAAACGCAGAACCUGGUGACACUGAAAGCUUGAUUAUGAUCAGAAAUGUAAAUACAACAGUAAUUAGGCAUCUAUUAUCUGCGGACACGAAGGAAGACAGAUUAGAAUGGUGUUCGAAACUUAACAAAACAUUGAAUUUGAUACAUGCUUGGGGUGGAGUGUCGACAUUGUCGUAACCUAAUUUACAUUUAUAAACGUCAAAUGUAGCGUAGUCCAAUACGCUUAAUAGUCGGUACUGCAUUUACAGAUUUGCUACACGCAAUGUAGGGUUGCGUAUGCUAAAUAAUGUAACCGAUUUUUAAUUUACUACGACUUAUUUGAUACGAAAAUAUAGAUGUAUUAAGUGUCGUA